AUGUCUGGAGAGAAGAUCUUUGAGGGCUGUUUCGCCGUUCACAAGCCGCAAGGCAUCACCUCCGCCGACGUCCUCCGCGACCUACAGCGCCACUUCAACCCCUCCAAGCUCUUCGCGCCAUGGAUUGAGACCGAAAAGGCUCUCCGCAAGAAGGAGAGCAGCUUCCAGAAGAACCGCCGCCGCAACAAGAACAGGAAAGUCGAGGUGAAGAUCGGUCAUGGCGGCACACUCGACCCCCUCGCAACGGGCGUACUGAUCGCCGGCGUUGGAAAGGGUACCAAGUCGCUCAAUGACUUCCUGGCCUGCACCAAGUCCUACGAGACGGUGGUUCUCUUCGGCGCGGAGACGGACACUUACGACCGCUUGGGCAAAAUCGUGCGCCGGGCACCAUACGAGCAUAUUACCCGGGAGGCAGUUGAGAAGGCCCUAGACCAAUUCCGGGGAAAGAUCAUGCAGCGUCCACCAAUCUUUUCGGCGCUGCGAGUGGAUGGAAAGAGGUUAUACGAGUAUGCGCGCGAGGGCAAGAUGCCCCCCGUCGAGAUCAAAUCUCGGCCCGUCGAGACCGUGGAAUUGAAGAUCGUGGAGUGGUACGAGCCCGGUACCCACGAGUACAAGUGGCCCGAGGAGGAGAUGACUGGCGAUGAGAAGAUCAUCGCCGAGAAGCUCCUCGACAAGGAAGCUGAGAUCCCCGUGGAAGGCGAAGCCGCAGACCAAGAAGCUUCUUCUAAGCGAAAGACGCCACCUGCAGCAGAUUCGCCCAAAGAAGGAGACCAGGAAGCCGCAAAAAAGCAAAAGGUCUCCGAGGACGGUUCAGCCCAACCGGCCGCACCUGAGCCUGUUGCCCCGGAACCUGCAACUGAAGACGCCCCCACAGAGAAAACAGAUGAGCCUCGUCCCCAACCCGCGGCAGUCAAGAUUCACAUGACCGUUACGUCGGGCUUCUAUGUUCGCUCUUUGGCACACGACCUAGGCAAGGCCGUCGGUAGCUGUGGUCUUAUGAGCGAGCUCGUUCGAAGUCGCCAGGCUGAAUUUGAUCUGAAGCCCGAGAAUAUCCUUGAAUAUAAGGACUUGGAGCAAGGCGAAGAGGUCUGGGGUCCCAAGGUUCAAAAGUUCCUUGAAAACUGGGAGAACAAGAGGGCCGCUAAGGCGGAGGAGGAGGAAAAAGCGAAAGCUCAACAAUAA